UUUUAUGAUAAUUUCGGGAGUGCGUGGUGUGGCGUGCUUUUUUGUCUGGAUCGGAAUUGACGCGCGAAGGUCGGGGUGUCAGUGAUCAGAGAUCGUGAUAAGUGUGUUGAUUGCUCGCCGAUUACCAGAUUAGGCCGUUGUCCGUUGACAGAUUCCGCACGAAGAGAGAAGUGAUUUCGCGAGUAUCGGAAGUGAGUGGGAGCGUCGCUGAAUGUGAUUACUACCAUGUCGAAUGAGUAAUUUAUUCAUAUUUUGUGAGAUAUUACACUUUAUCAGAAAAAUAAAGCAAUCGCUUAAGAUUACCGACUUGUGGUUGGCAAAACCAGUUCCAGCUGUGCUCCAGCAAGUGUGUUGUGAUGUGUUUAUCGUGGUGAAGCGUGCCCGGGCAGCAUCCAGCGUGUGCCGCCGUAUCAAGUUUGGCCGUUUUUUUGGUGGGUCAACAUCCAGCGGUCUAACGCGUAGGCAGCCAAUGUUCGCUGCGUAAUUCAGUCCGCGGAACCUCAACGCAACGCUGAUACCGCCGUCGUGGCGGCGAGUUGUUAUCAGUUCGCGGGAGUCCCAAUGUUUCACAUGGCCUAAUCGCCAGUUCUGGAACUUAGACUUCAACGACCCAGGGCAACGCAGAUCUACAAAACCUCCUGCGAGCGACAUCGUCAUCUACACUCUCAAUUAAACUAGACCACCUGCACUUCAACAUUCCAUCGAAAAAGUAGCUCCACGAGGGGAGAAAAAGCAGCAAAAAUUCCCCACGCCGGAGUAGAAGUCAUGUUUCACUCGACUGCAGCGGCCGCGUAUUCCGACAUGACGGUAGCUGCGGUUGCGACCGGCGGCAACUCGACCGGCUCCUCGUACCAUCACCAGACGGCGGCGGCGGCGGCCGCGGCAGCAGCAGCAGCGGCCUCGAACGCCCCCGUCUACGUGCCCUCGAACCGGGCCCUGGGCCACACGCAGUAUGGCCACGCGGCGAAUUUCCCGGCCCAGAACGGGUGGCCGACGGAUGGUUUUGGCACGACCCACACCCAGCUGCCGCCGCAGUUCUACGCGCAGAACGUGAUGAUGGGCUCCUGGCGCGCCUACGAUCCGACCGGAUUCCAGCGCACGUCACCGUAUGACAGUGCCAUGGAUUUCCAGUUCGGCGAGGGACGGGAGUGUGUCAAUUGUGGGGCCAUCUCAACACCCCUCUGGCGUCGCGACGGCACCGGUCACUAUCUCUGCAAUGCCUGCGGGCUCUAUCAUAAGAUGAACGGUAUGAACCGUCCGUUGAUAAAGCCCAGCAAGCGUUUGGUGAGUACCGCCACCCGUCGGUUAGGACUGUGCUGUACAAACUGCGGCACGCGCACCACCACGCUGUGGCGACGAAACAACGACGGUGAGCCGGUGUGCAACGCGUGCGGGCUGUACUUUAAACUGCACGGCGUCAACCGACCGUUGGCGAUGCGCAAAGACGGCAUUCAGACGCGCAAACGGAAACCCAAGAAGAGCGGCAGUUCGUCCGGGGGAGGAGGUGGCGGACUAGGAGGUGCGACCGAUGUGAUGUCCUUGGUUGGCGUUGGCAAGAAGGAUGAUAUGGGCGAUGGAUCUCACCUCCAGACCGAUCGCAACGGCAACUCCAAGAACAUGUCGUCGUCUUCGUCAAUCAGCCCCAAAACACCAAACCUGACUUCACCGCCACUCCGAUCUCUGCACAUCUCACCUCAUCACCACCAUCAUCACUCGGCCGCCAGUCACCACCAGGCUUCGUACAACCUUCCGGCCUUAACCAGCUCUCACCACACGUCCUCGCUGAAUCUGGGUGGUGGAGGCGGCGGCGGCGGCGGCAAGUACGAUCUCUCGUCCCUUUCGUCGGUCGCCGGUCUCGGUGGAGGCACUGCCGGCAGCAACAACGGCCUCGGUCUCUGCUCUUCGGCGUCAUCACAACAUUCUGCCCAACAGUCCCAGCACAACCACUCGAUCUACACGGCGGCUUCGACGAUGAACACAAUGCACCAUUCCGCCAACAGCUACAACCUGCACAACAGCGGUGGUGGAGGCGGCGGCGGUGGUGGCGGAUCCGGUCUUGGAUCGUCCCCCUUUGGUCAAAUCAAGUCCGAGUCGAAUCCGUUGGCCUCGUCGACGCCAACCUCAUCCGUGACUCCAAACGGCUACGGUGACUACAUGAACAACUGUCUCCAGAGUGGCUACUUCGGGGGGACGUUCGGAUCGCUGCACUCGCAUCACAGUCCGCAUCACUCGGGGAUGGGCGGUACGGUCAACGGAGCUCUGUCCCACAGCCAUCAUCAUCACCAUCAUCACGGAACGGCCGCCGAUCUCGCUGGCUAUCACCACCAGCACAACGUCAUACAAGCGGCCAAGCUGAUGGCCUCGUCCUAGACAUGCACGCUUUGAACUCUUAUACGAAUAGCACCUUAGUUGUACUUAUUACCUACUAUUGUAAGACUAUUUUACAUACCAUUACUACUAUUACCCAGUUAAGUUCCUCGCUUUUAGUGCUUCAAUGUUUUAGAAAAGAAAAGUGUACAUUCAUCUUUACUGUUUAUUUCCAAACUCGUACAGAUAAAGUUUAUCUAGCGCGAGCAAAAUGUAUAUCGACAAAUGACAAAGUGUAUAACGAUUUACUACAAAUCCCUAGAAUAAGUAAAAUAUUCAAAAGUGUUGAUUCAUUCAAAUGUAAAAGAGCACUAGUUGCUUGAAAGAAGAAAAAUAGUGUUUCAAUUUCGUACUAUUAGCGAUGUAAGAUAACUAAAAAUUUAAAGUACAUCAUCUUUUAACAGUAUUGGAAAACUCUCUCCUAGAAUUACGUUUAAGACCAUGUAAAUAUAUAUAUUUUUAAAAUAAAUACCGUUCUAGAUAUGUAUUGCGCACAUCAGCCUGUAAUGACGAAUUGCAAGUGAAUAUUUAUUUUAAGAACUCGACACAAAAACACAUUUCCUAUGAUAUACGCGAAUUUUAU